CUCGCAUUCAUUUGUCACUCUUGACCACCCCCACCCCGUAGCCUCAAGCAUGUCCUCUUCAUCAGGAGCCUCGAGCUCCAGGCUAGACAUACGUCAGGCCACGACAGUGCUCUCGACGCCCCCUUCUCUCCUCUCGCAAUUCUCCUCCCCCCUCCCCACCCGCCAAUACUCGAGGCAGUACGCAGCCCUCUACGACUUCCGGCUACGAAAGCUGCGUCGCUCUCGUCUGCUACAAAAGGCAAAAGAGAGAUGGGAGGGGACUGACAGCGCGGCUGCUGAUGCUGCUGGGGGAGUCGAAGGGAAGAAGGAGAAGAGAGUCGCAGCUGGAAUCAGGAAUACGCCGCGCAUAUUGGAUGUUAAGAAGGGUGAGGUCACGUACGUUAGCGGCAUUGUUUAUGUGGAGAUGAGAUUGAAGCCGGAUGUGUUAAGCGACCUAUCGAGAGAGCAAUAUCUACCUCCCCUUCCACCAGUCUCCUCCUACUCCGACGCAACUUCAGACAGCGUCUAUUUAGAGGACGAAUCUGGUCGACUCAAGCUUGUUGGGCCCAUCUUGAUGGACGUCGCGCAUCGUGGUCUGUUUGUUACGGGGACAGUGGGCGCCUUCUUGGGGACAGAGAGGGAGAAUGGCGAGUUCCAUGUGCAGGACGUUUGUUGGCCAGGUAUGCCCAUGAGGGAGACGAGCAAGGCGACAGUAAAGAGAGAACAGAUGGAGGAGGAUAGUCAAGGGAUGACCGCCGAGGUUCAGGAGAGGGAGGACGACGAGUUCGUUGUGCUCAUGUCUGGCUUGGACCUUGGGGGCGCGACGGGCGAUGGGGGUCAGCUAGGAUUUGCCGCUCCCGAGAUGCGGUUGAGUUUGUUGACUGAGUGGAUUGGUGGGGAGAUCGGGAAUGAGGAGCAUCGUCGCAAAUCCUCUCGGAUAGCGGGCAUCGUGGUAGCAGGCAAUCUCAUGGCUACUCAAAGACCAGAGCACCUGUCUUCCUCGACAACGGACUCCACCACUCCGAACGUAGACGCGCCCACCGCAGGCCCUUCCACCUCCAAGACCGGCUCCUCGUCAGCAGCCAAGACCUCGCGUCAAUCCUCAAACCAAGCAGCAGCCAACCUCACCCCAACCCCAGCCGAAUUGCUCCUGUCCCACCUCGUCCCGCUCUCCGCUUCACUUCCCAUUGUCCUCAUGCCUGGCGCAACCGACCCAGCUAGCGCGGCCUUGCCACAGCAGGCGGUCCAUCGCGCCGUCCUGCGCGGGGCUGGCAAGUGGGCAGGCAAGAAGGGCGGCGAUGGCAAGGGUGGGAAGGACCAAGCGAAGGAGGACAAGAAGGACCAAGCCGGCGCUACAGAAGAGGCGAAUGACAAGGGAGAAGAAGCGGCAGGCGGGCUUCACCUCUACAACAAUCCCUCGUGGAUCCAAUUUGCCUCUCCCUCCUCCUCCGUAUGGUCCACUAAGAUUCUCGCCACCUCAGGCCAAAACCUCGACGAUAUCCUCAAGUACCUCCCCUCCCCCUCUGCCCUUAUCAAGGCGGCUCAGGAAUCUCAAGACGAUCUCAAUGGCUCCGAGGAGACGAAGCCGAGUGGUAGCAGCGGUAAGAAGGAGCAGUCCACCGGCGGAGACGUGGAGAUGGCCGGCCCGUCAGAUUCACAGAAGGCGGGGCAGGACAAGGAAGAGGAGGAGGAAGAGGAAGAAGAAGAUGACGAGCGCCUAGUCGCUGCUUGUCGACUACUCGAGUAUGGACACAUCGCUCCGACGGCGCCGGAUACGCUUUGGUGCUUCCCAUUCACAGACCGAGAUCCUUUCCUCCUCUCUACCCCCGAACAAAUACCGGAAGUCUUCCUCAUCGGCAACCAGCCGCGGUUCGCUUCUACCACUUGGAGGAGCGGUAGUGGGAGCGAGAGGGUGGAAGUGGUCCUGGUGCCCUCCUUUGCGAGGACGGGGGAGGUUGCGAUGCUCAAUUUGCGGACCAAGAGGGUAAGAGGUGUGAAGGUUGGGUGGGAGAUGUAAUACGGCGAAAGAAUGGGCAGAAGGGUUGGUGGUAGUGGAGAGAGAAAUGAUCAUUGAGCUAAUAGAUCGAUUGGAUGUGCAAGACCAGAGAGGCGAGAAGAUCGGAAGCUUUUGAUACGAGACGAGAAAAGGAGCAAGAUACUUUCCAGCAGAUACGAGAGGAUCACGAGACUUGAUACCGGACGACAGGCAAGGCUAGAUGAAAUGAGCCACG